AUGUCAAGUCCAGAAAAGUCUCCAGGAGCAACGAACGAAGAGAAAGUAAUUUCUUCGACAAGCGAUGAGAAAGUUGAUGAAAAGCCGCAAAUCGACUACGAGAGUCUCUUCCUGAGUCGAUACACCUCGGCGGAUCCAGAUUACGCGAAAACCGAGCAGGGCUUUGAUCCACCAAUUUGUCAAUAUCAAUGGCCUAUCAACAGAGGUGGUGGUGGUGGUGGAGGAGGAGGAUUUCAAGGGAAUCGAGGAGGAAAUCGGGGCAAUUGGAGAGGAGGAAACAAUCAAUGGAGAGGCAAUCAAGGAAAUCGAGGCAAUUGGAGAGGCAAUCAAGGAAAUCGAGAUGAUCAGGGUGGUUGGAGGAAACGAAGAUUGGAUGACGAGAAUCGCUUCGAACGGAGGAAU